CCCUUCACAGAGCGGCUGUCUCCCACCCCGCCUCUUCAAUAGAGCGAGCACAGAAGCCCCCGAGGCGGAGAUACCAAGACAGAGUAGUAAGGAAAAGGGGGUGGGUCAGGAAACAAACCCCUUUAGUUGAAGCUGUGAGCUAAACUCACUCAUUUACACUGUCAGACGUUCAGAGAGCAGGACUGAGACGGCGUGUCUAGCCCUUAUACCCCGUCAACACAAUGUGCUUUAUGCAUUCAGCAGGUGCUCUGACGUUGCAGGACUAAGAGAGACAAAGACAGGACUAACUGAGGGAUACAAGCUGGAAUUAUUUGGAAUUUAUCCGGUGUGGAUUUUAACGUUUGUGGAUUACUAUAUGUUUGGAUGCUUAUGGACGUACGUAUUCAUGUGCCCAAGUGAAACUGGACUACUUGGCUUAAAAUUUUAAAGUGAGUAACUUGUUACCUAGGGGCUCCAGUUUUGUGGGGAGGCUGGGGAAAGGGCAAAUAGAAGGGGGAGGGGAAGAGGUAGUUGGGGUCUGGCUCCACAGUCUCAGGGGAAAAAAUGCCUUCAACAUGAGCUAACCCCCCCGCAGAACCCAGCACGCUUUGUUAAAGACUGCAGCCGGGAAGCGUUUGAUCACUCGCAGUUCAAAACUGCUAACAGACGUGAAUGUGCCCUUGAAGGCGAGAGCAUCUCGGGGUUCGAAGCCAUGCUCUAAAUCUCGGACUGAGGGAAAUCCUCGUAUUGUUUUGUCUUUGCCUAACUGGCACCCCGUAGAGCUCCUUUGUUUCUCAUUGAGAUGUAUAACGCAACUUCCCAGAUGGAAAUUUCCAACCACUCCAGCCCUUUGCAGCUGAGCAACUGGACCGUUUGCCAAAAGAACGACGGUUUUAAAUAUCCCCUCUAUAGUAUAGUGUUUAGUAUUGUCUUCAUGGUGGGACUCAUCACAAAUGUGGCAGCCAUGUACAUUUUCACAUGUUCCCUGAAACUUAGGAACGAGACCACCACGUAUAUGAUGAACCUGGUUGUAUCAGACUUGUUGUUCGUUCUCACGCUGCCCUUGAGGGUCUUUUAUUUCAUCCAACAGAACUGGCCGUUCGGUAGCCUGCUUUGCAAGCUCUCUGUCUCGCUAUUUUACACCAACAUGUACGGGAGCAUCUUGUUUUUAACGUGCAUCAGCGUGGACCGCUUUCUUGCCAUCGUCUACCCUUUCCGUUCGAGGGGACUCCGAACCAAGCGCAACGCCAGAAUUGUGUGCGCUGCCGUUUGGGUCCUGGUUCUGUGCGGAAGUCUUCCGACGGGAUUCAUGCUAAACAGCACCACUUCCCGAAACAACACCAUAUCCUGCUUUGAGAACUUCUCUUCAAAACAAUGGAAGAGUCAUCUUUCCAAAGUGGUGAUCUUUAUUACGACCGUGGGGUUCCUUAUACCCCUGAUCUUAAAUGUGAUCUGCUCCGCGAUGGUGCUUCAGACUUUAAGGAGGCCACAGGCCAUCAGUCGAGGAGGGAGAUUGAACAAAAAGAAGAUCUUGCGGAUGAUCAUCGUCCACCUGUCCAUCUUCUGCUUUUGCUUCAUACCUUACAACGUCAACCUGGUUUUCUACUCCCUGGUGCGGACGAACACCUUAAAGGGGUGCGGGGUGGAAUCGGUGAUCCGGGCCAUCUAUCCCAUCGCUUUGUGCAUUUCGGUGUCCAACUGCUGCUUCGAUCCCAUCGUCUACUACUUUACGUCCGAGACGAUACAAAACUCCAUUAAGAGGAAGUCGCAGACGGGCCGCUCGAUUGACGUGAAGUUCUCCGAGGCCUUGCAGUCGGAGACGAGCUCCACCCUUCAGUUCAGCCUGAGGUCUAUUAAGAACAAGAUGUUCCAUAAUGAGUCCAAUGUAUGAGAUAAAAGUGCAGGACUAAUGGAUGCUCGCUCCACACCUUAUCCCGGCUCCAAAUCUCAAAGUAAUCUCAUAAAGUGGAUUUAGGGGAACUACUGUAAGCACUCUAUGGUGUAAACAUGGAAUAUUCCCUAAUUGAGUUUGUUAAUAUCUCUCAUGGUGAUAAGCAAGCUAUGCCCUUUUAAAUGGAUUUAACUCCGACUGAAAACACACACGGUGCAGGGCGCCACACCUGUUCUCAUUGGAUUAAUAUGCAAACAUUUGGAUUACUUAACUGAUACUUAGCAAACUGGAACUAGUUUAAAGUAGACAUAUGUGAAUGUACUUACGUGGUAAGUGAACGUGCUAUGAUGUAACCACUAUUUAAUUCAAACCAGAGUUAUCAUUUAACGCAUCUUCCUAAUGCAAACACACUGACUGUCUGAAGUGUCAUAGUAUUAACAAGCUGAUUUUUUUUUUUAAUGGCACUUUAUACUGUAUGUUAACUUUGCACUGAAGUGGACACUGUCAUAAUGCACUGGUUUUCUGCUACAAACUUCACUUGAAAAUAAAGUUUGAAAAUCAUUAC